AUGACUACAGCAGUCUUCCCUUCUUUAUUCUUCUCUUACGUUGUCUUUCAGAUCCCCACAAAAAGCUUCGCUUUGCAUUUGGCAGAUCUUCUUCGCCUGUGCAUCUGUGACACUCGACUGCAGUAUCCUCGCCUUCUUUUCUUCACCAGCCCCAUUCCAUUGUACGUCGACAGCGUCCCUAACGGGCACAUGUGCGGAAGGGAUUGUUCUAUCUAUCUAUCUAUCUAUCUAUCUAUCUAUCUAUCUAUCUAUCUGGUUUUGUUCAUAUCUAUCUAUCUAUCUUUCUAUCUGGCUGUCUGUCUAUCUAUCUAUCUAUCUUUCUAUCUGUCUGUCUAUCUAUCUAUCUGGCUGUCUGUCUAUCUAUCUAUCUAUCUAUCUAUCUAUCUAUCUGAUUCUGUUCAUAUAUAUCUGAUUCUGUUCAUAUUUAUCUAUCUGAUUCUGUUCAUAUCUAUCUAUCUGAUUCUGUUCAUAUCUAUCUAUCUGAUUCUGUUCAUAUCUAUCUAUCUAUCUAUCUAUCUAUCUAUCUAUCUAUCUAUCUAUCUAUCUAUCUAUCUAUCACAUUUCCUUCAAUUUUUUCUUCUCGACCCGCCACUCCAUUACUUACUGUACACCCCAAAAUAUUUUACUUAUUCCUUUCCCCCUCCUUUAUAUUCUGCUUUAUUCGACUCUACCCCCCUCUCUCUCUCUUUCUCUGAUAGUCCUUACUCUCCACCUUCUCUCCACGGUUUUCUGUCUAUAUCUUUCUUUUUCACUCCCUCUCUUGCUCUCCCUGCUACCCUAACUCUCCUUAUUUUACAUCUCUUCUCUUCUUUCUCACCCGUCUUCCUUUCCCCUUACUUCCCUCUCCCUACAUUCUAUACACUCCUACUCCCGAUUCUCCUCCUCACUUUCAAUCCGUCGCCUACACUGAACUACUCUCGACUUGCUGACUGA